GCCUAGACGGAAGUGCCGGCAGAGGUGCUGGAGCCGGAUCUCCACCCCGAGCCAGGAGCAGGUCUCGGGGGCUCCGGGCUGUGGGGACAUCUGGGCCUGUCCGCGAUGGCGAUCCUGUGGGGAGGCCUCUUUCGACUUGGCUCCAUGCUGGCGCUCUCCGUUCUGCUCCUCGUGCAGCUGUCAGACGCCGCCAAGAAUUUCGAGGAUGUCCGGUGUAAAUGUAUUUGUCCUCCUUAUAAAGAUAAUUCUGGGCAUAUUUAUAAUAAGAACAUAUCCCAGAAAGAUUGCGAUUGCCUUCACGUUGUAGAGCCCAUGCCUGUGCUGGGGCCUGAUGUAGAAGCGUACUGUCUUCGCUGUGAAUGCAAAUAUGAGGAAAGAAGCUCUGUUACCAUCAAGGUUACCAUAAUAAUUUACCUCUCCAUUUUGGGCCUGCUACUUCUGUACAUGGUAUAUCUUACUCUGGUUGAACCCAUACUGAAGAGACGCCUCUUUGGACACUCACAGUUGAUACAGAGUGACGAUGAUAUCGGGGAUCACCAGCCGUUUGCAAAUGCCCAUGAUGUGCUAGCACGCUCCCGCAGUCGAGCCAAUGUGCUCAACAAGGUAGAGUAUGCCCAGCAGCGCUGGAAGCUUCAAGUUCAAGAGCAGCGAAAAUCCGUCUUUGACCGCCAUGUUGUCCUCAGCUAAUUGGGUUUCAAAUUCAAGGUGAUUAGAAGGAAACAAGACAAAGGAAGAACUGGCUGAGUUUUCACCUCCCUGUUGGUUUCACCAAACUCUGGCUGAAGAUUCAAAACUGGAAGCAAAAACGUGCUUAGUUUUUUUUUUUUUUCCCCUUUAUGUAUUAAUAGAGACAUUUUUGAAAG